GCAGGUGGAAAGCUGAUUGCAUGCCCUGCCAUCCAGGGCGUGCGUCGCUAUUAUUGGGAACGCCUGGUGCUGGUCCGCCCACUGCGCGGCGACGAGCGCCUCACCGAGCUGCCGCAGAUCCCGCCGGAGGGCGCCACUGCGCCUGCCUUGGCGCCAUUUCCAGAUAGCGUGGAUCAGUUGUACAGAGGACCACGACAAUACUGUUUCGCGUUUCAGGAGGGCGCCUGUCGAAAAGGAGAAGCGUGCCGCUUCCUACAUAAGAUCGCUCCAGAUGGUGCCAUUCAGCCAAGACCACGAAGGUACCCAGCCUAACGUGAGGCGGCACCUUGGCGUUUCCGCGACGAGUUUCCUGGACAAAUCUGGGCGUUUCCAGGA